AUGACCCAUCUAACAGGCGGAGAUGAUGCUCUAAAUACAGGCAUCUUCAACAAAGAAGUAUCAGACUAUGAAGUGACGGCAGUUUAUAAGCAUCCUGAGGCGACAGCAGAAAUAGUGCUGGUUCAUGGCCUGAAGGGCCAUCCGAAAAAAACGUGGAGGUCAAGGAACGACGUAUUUUGGCCGACAGACUUGCUUCCAGCUUCGUUGGAGAACGAGAAGGCAAAUGUUCUCGUCUACGGCUAUAAUGCUGAUGUGUAUUCUUCUAAUAGCUCCAAAAGCCCGAGCGACAAUCAUAUCUUUCAGCAUGCCAGGAGCUUAGUGACCUCUCUCACGCAGUUUAGAAGAGGCGAAAAGACGGUAGAGCUCCCGAUCAUAUGGGUCGUGCAUAGCUUUGGGGGAAUUGUUGUCAAGAAAGCACUUUUGUUCUCACAGGAGCUGCAGCUUUUUGAGCAACAGCACUAUCGCUCACUCUUUGUUUCGACAUAUGCGAUCAUCUUUCUUGGUACCCCGCACAAUGGCUCAGAUAUCGCCAAAUGGGGUCAUGUCGUUGAGGCAGCGAUCAACAUUGCGGUCCCUCAAAAGCUCUUCGCCACAGAAUCUCGUCUAUUGAAGUCGCUCAAGAAGGACAACGGAGAGCUUCAGGAUAUCAACAGACAGUUUUCGAACAUCUGCGGGAGGUUCAAAAUGCACAUGGUCCAUGAAAAUCACAAAACUAAUAUCAAGACAACAAAGCAAAUGAUUGUGGAUUCUGAGUCUGCUUGUCCGCAGCUCCCGGGCGUUGUGUACUAUGGGAUUGAAGCCACCCAUGCGGGGAUGUGCAAAUUUGAUACUAUAAAUGCACCAGGUUUCCGCAAUAUUUCCACUGCCAUCCGAGAUUGGGUUCAUGAAGCAUCGCCUGUUGUUUCCCAGCGUUGGAUAGGAGAGCACGAAACCCGUCGCAAUACGGCCAAGAAUGAAAUCGAUGAGCGAAUGAUAUCUCUGAUGUAUCCCCAAACUCGAAGUCUACGGUCAAUAUCUUCAACCACUUAUAAGGGAUCCGAUAUCACAGGCGCUGUCAACAUCUUACCGAUGCCAGCUGAUCAAUUCGUUGGCUCUUCAAAGAUGAAACAACUCGGCAAAGAAAAUCCAAUUCUUAUCCAGACCGGGGAAGAGGUAGCGGAUUACAUGCAUGAACUCGAUGGUAAAGGUCAUGCCCUGUUAGAUACCUCCACCGCGUCAGUGAAGUAUGACGAAUAUGCUCGCAAAUGGAAACCUCAGGAAUUUCCUACAAUACAAAAUGAUAGCCACAUCGACUACUACGACCUGUACCAAGACUGCUUUGAAAUCAGAGACAGUUUGAUCGCUACCAUCAACAAGUUCCGAAAUGCGCACGGGCAAGAUCCAUUUAUUGAAUCAAGGCAAGAGACUUGGGCUGGGGUCCAAGAAGCAGUCCACCGAUUCCACGACCUGGUUCGAUCUCGAUCAGAUAGCCCGGAUGAAAUUAGCUUUGCUGAGAGGCUUAGAAAGGCAUACGACAACCCAAGUGAUGAUACCUUUGAUUUCGUCAGUUUUCUCUCAAAGUAUACGCCACCUCGAUUACUUUUGAGUUCAGUUCUCUGUGCCGGAAUAAAGACAUUACUCGCGGUAAUGAGAGUCAACAUGAACCAAGGCCACCAAUUACACAAAAUCCUUGAGAAUUUGCCCAGUAUUCUGAAUCAUCCGACUAUUUUCAUCGAGGGGCUUGGGUCAGAUGAAGAAUUUCAUCGCAAAAUUUCCGUCGUCUACAGCUGUUUGCUCAAAUUACUUCGGGUAUCUUUGAAAUUCCUUGUCGGGGGAUCAGACAGCUCAAGGAUGGACAAACUUGUUGAUCGUGUGGUGAUGUUAAAGAUGAGAGCGAACAAGCUACAUACCUAUGCUUCCAGCGCUUCUUAUCUGAAACUAAAGGAGCUGCAAGUUCUGCAAGAACGAAACCUGGUUGUAAGUAGUCUAAGCCUCAGGGCGCAAGACGAACUCAAACAAAGACUUGAUGAAACACUUCAGCGCGUAAUGGCACUGGAGGGCCUGAAGGAAAUUCUGAUCGACGACAGGAGGAGAGAUAUCGAGCAACUACUGGCUCAGUCCCCGGAGCGACCUAAACAUGAGGAUGGGGACAUAGACGAAACACAGAAAGAGGUCCCUAUACAGGUUACUCAAGAAACGGCCAUCAACACCGCUUUAUGCCAACCAUCCGAGAAUACACCAGAUGAGCGUCCAGCCAUACCGCAGAUUCUAGAGUUGCUGGAGUAUGAUCCUGAAAUUAUGCCCAGUGACUGCCACAAGCUGCUCAGGAUUCAGCCGAUGUCAGCGGGCUUAAAAAGUAGCAGGCUAUUAUAUGUGGUGAACAAUAUGCGCCUAAGAGCAUGGCUUGAGAUAGAUGAAUCAUCACUUCUACUCAUCAAUGGCGGCGGAGAUCCCUCGCCUAUCUCGGAAGUCUCGUACAUCACUGCCAGAUUGGCGGAGUCAUUCAUCUUGGUUGCACGUCCAACUCGGCAGAUCAUGACCAUGGCGUACUUCUGUGGCCAACACCGUCGUGUUGGAUCUGAUGUUUACGCGUCUCCUACAGAGAUGGGCAUGAGCCUCCUGUGUCAGCUCAUCGACACUGGCAAGGAGGUCUUUACGCCCGAGAUUGUGCUUGACGCAAUAGAUGGAUUAGAGCCAUCUGACAUGGCUACUGUAUGCAACUCGAUCGAAAGACUUUUAGCGCUCCUCGGAAGCAGCGCAGUGGUUUUCAUCGUUAUUGAAGGCCUCAACUUCUUCUCAUACCCCGCGGGUCGCCAAGCAGAAACUAAGGAGUUACUAGGCCGCCUCGUCUCUUUUCAACGGAGAACAGAAUCAGCGACGAUCAAACUUUUGUUCACGUGCCCCAGUAGGGUCUUACUGGAAGACAUGGUUACGAGCUCUGAAAUUAUGACUGUACCUCGGAGCCCACCUGACUCGGGGAUUUGGAGAGAAGGCGCUUUUAGCAAACUGUUUGAUGAGGUGUUGAGUGACCCGGAUGACAGCUCAGACGAUAACUAA